CCAGAGCACUAAGUAACUGCUGAAGAGCUGAGGCUUGACUUCUCCCCUUCCCUGAAUUCCUGCCACUUCUCUGGUCUACCUUUGGAAAUCCAUCAGUCAUGCUUUUUUGGCAUAGUCAACCUGAUCAUUACUGGCCAAGUCCAGGAGAAAUGUAUCCUUGCCCUGGCAACAAUCUCAUAAGAGAGCCACUGGCACUGCCAUUCCUAAAGCAGGAAGAACCAAGUAUCUCAACAUCAGCUGAGCAGCAUUGUCCAUCUUUCCAGUAUAUUCUGUGUGCUGUUACCUCUCCAGCUGUCAAACAGCAUGAGGAAACUCUUACCUAUCUCAACCAAGGGCAAUCAUAUGAAAUCCGUAUGCUGUGUAAUCCCAAAAUAGGUGAAUUUGCUGAGGGAAGGAAGCUGUUGAAGAGUGUAAUCAGGGUGGUCUUCCAUGAUCGAAGACUGCAAUACACAGAACACCAGCAGUUAGAGGGAUGGAGAUGGAACAGGCCAGGUGACCGCAUCCUAGAUAUUGAUAUCCCUAUGUCUGUGGGCAUUCUGGAACCUCACAUGCCUUCCACUUUGCUCAAUACUGUGGAAUUCCUGUGGGACCCAACUAAGCGCACUUCAGUCUUUGUGCAGGUCCACUGCAUUAGUACUGAGUUUACACUUCGUAAGAAUGGUGGGGAAAAAGGGGUCCCCUUUCGCAUCCAAGUUGACACCUUCAAGCCCAAUGAGAAGGGUGAGCACAUGGAACAUUUGCAUUCCGCCAGCUGUCUCAUCAAAGUCUUCAAGCCCAAAGGAGCAGAUCGGAAGCAGAAAACAGAUAGGGAGAAGAUUGAAAAACAGUCCCUCCAGGAGCGAGAGAAGUACCAGCCUUCAUAUGACAGCACAGUAUUGACAGAGUGUGCCCCUUGGCCUGAAGUCUCCAGCAAUCUCAACAGUCCUCCACCAACUCCUGGUCUUGUUUCUCCACACCCCUUCAAGCUUCAGACCCCUGAAAGGGCCUGCUCCUCACCCAGUUAUGCCUUGGACAGCUCAUCAGAGAGCAUGGCAGAGACCCUGAGUCCAAGUGCCUCCAUUUUGGAAACUCAACAGUGGUUGCUCAAAAACAGGUUCUCCAAUUAUUCCAGGGUUUUUGCCAGUUAUACAGGAACUGAUUUGCUCAAACUGUCCCGCAAUGAUCUUGUACAGAUCUGUGGAAUGGCAGAUGGGAUUAGACUUUCAAAUGCUCUAAAAGCGAGGACUGUGCGCCCUCGUCUCAUUCUUUAUGUGUCCAAGGAACUGGAAAUAAGUGGGAACAAUGCUCCCCCAAACCCAGCAUCUGUUAUAUACCAGGAGUUAUAUCUGGAGGAACUGACUGCCACUGAGCUGACUAACAAAUUGGCAGAACUGCUUAGUGUCCCAGCCAAUCAGGUCCAACAAGUUUCCAAACAGGGGCCUACAGGAAUUCACAUCCUUGUCAAUGAUCAGAUGGUCAAAAACCUUCCAGAUGAAUCUUGCUUCAUAGCAGCUGUAACAAAAGUACAGAAUGCCGAAGGCUACCAUUUAGUUCUAAAAUAAACUAGGACCUUCUUGACGGUGUGCUACUGGCUUGCAAGAAGACGGGGAGCUGAAAGAUGCAAAAGCAGGUGCAAUAAGAAUAUUAAUAGCAAUACUCCACAAAUUGACUCUACACCAAUGAACUCAAGGCUGACAUCAUCCGAGACAGAUCUUAGCAACAGGAAUCUGUACUGAAAUAAACUACAGGGAUUUUUUUUCCAUAUUUUUUUGCAAAAAGAAAGUGGCAACCAUGUCACCACUUACAUAGACUCCAAAGAAUGAUGUAUAUUAUCAACUGAUUAUCUAAUAAGUUGCAAGCAAAAUGACUAUUUGCAUAAUUAUCAGUUUCUAAUGAUAUCAUUUGCAAAAGUCCACAUUUUUUGUUAGGAGGAAGAUGGUUGCUGUAGUGAUGAAACCUGAUAAAGUGCUUUUAAGAGAAUGAACAUAUGGGUAUUGAUGCUUUACAAACUCAAUAAUUCUCCCUUGCAAGAGGGAGGGGGCAAUCACAGACUGAUUAUGCUGUAAAGGGAAGCAAGCUAUAGUCGAGAGUAUUUCUGUGUGGGAAACUCAUCCUCUAGUCCAGGGGUGUCAAACUCGCAACAUCACGUGACGUGUCAUGACAUAUCACGGCUUUUUUGCCAUUGCCGGCAAUGGGGUGGGCGUGGUUUUACUAUGAUGCACCUGGCCCAUGGGCUGGCAGUUUGACACCCCUUCUCUAAUCAAUUUAUUUGCAAGGCAAAUAAAAAAGCCCCAUGUUUUUUGGUUGGGCCUUUUCUACAAAUAAUGUUUGCAGCCUCUGUGAUGAAGGUGAACAGCCAUGCUCACUGCACAGAUGGUGCAUCAGUCAAUUACCUGGAAUUGUGGAGAAUGCUAUAGGGCCAUCUACUUUUGCCAAUUUCUAUAAAAAUGCCCAAGCAAUGCAGAGCUUUGCUUUUCAACUGAUUAUUAAUGGUUAGCUCAAUAUGACAACACUAGAAAAUGUUAGGUUGAAAAGGAAACCUCUUUAGGAUUUGCUUUUCAUUCUUCCCUUAACCAAAAGGCAGAUUUGUCUGUGCACUCAUUAGGGUUGCAAUUUUAUUAGUGUAGCUUUCUUUGAUUUUGACAAUUGACGUGCCAAUUGUUUUUGUCAGCUUCUACUGGAAAAUAUAAUUAGAUAUUGAUGAUUCUUGGUGGAGAAAUUCAAAGAGUUAAGGUCAUACAAGAGACUAUGUAACAAUCUUCCAUAAAUAUCAAAUUAUUAUAUAUUCUAACCACCAGGGCAAGCAAAGAAACUUCUUCAAACAUUUGUUAUUUUUACAUUUAUAAAAUACAGAUUACGGGACAUUGGAUGUCAACUUUUGCCAGCAUUUUAAUUUAAAAAGCCAAUCAAAUAUUGAAAUGGAUGAUUGGAUGAUUUUCAAAUAGUUUAGUUUGCACUUAUUCAUUUGCUUAUCUAUGAAUAACCAUUAGUGACCUCAACAGUCCUUGACAUUUGAGUAAAUGUGCACAGAAUCUUGCUAUUAAAUAAUGUAUCAACAAAGAAAGUGCCUGUAACCCAUUAGCUUUUACAUUUUUUCAUAAGAAACAUUUCUGGAUUCAUAUGGCUUAAAUCAUUAUUUCACUGCAAUCUUUUUUAAAAAAUUUAUUUGGAUAUUAUUAUUAUUAUUUUGUUUAAGCUUUUUAUAUUAAAACAUGACUGUAGCUUUCUGCCAUCUGUUACCAGUUGGGUGGGGGUUUUUUGUAUUGAUUUCUAAAUUCUGCACAAUAGGAAAGCGGCAACAUAAUUAUAAAGUAAUCAAGAGCAUCUAUUUUUAUAAGAAAUAAACAUAAUGUAUUAAUGCAAACACAUAUGAAGUGCUAAGUCAAGAGCGCAAAGCACGCCUAUCCCUUUGAAUAGUGAUCCAGUUUGUGAUGCAGAACUUAUGUGAUGUUUAAAAAACUUUUGCCUUUCCUAAGCAAAGGAAAUCCCAUUUAAAUUUGAAUGUUCGGAAAGUUGACCAUCUUAAUAUUUUAAUCAGUUUCCAGAUAUUAAUGAAAGCUUUAACCUACAACAUUACAAUUUACCAACUCAAAGCUUUCUUCAUAUACCAUAUUCUAAAUCUGUGUUUUGUUGUACAGGAUAUGAGGAAAACACUUGUUUCAGGUAGGUAUUGAUUGGUAACUUUACUGUUGCUGAUAAAUUUUGCUAGCAAUAUUGUACAAUACAAUAAAUUUAGGUCUGCCCUUUGUAAAGUGGGGAGAAAUCUAAAAUUACUCCAGGGAAAUUAUUUGGAACAUGUAAACUUAUUACGUUUUAAUUAAGAUAUGUUGAUUUUCAAUCUUCAUACAUUGACUAUUUUUGAUCUGUCCUUUUAUAUUGUAGUAGAUGGAUUUGUUAUGAAAACCAUUUGAUAUGCCACAGACCUAGCAUUAAUUUCCAAAGAGAGUUAAUACUUACAAUACAGCAUACCAUAGAUUUUAGAAUUCCAGUUAAAUAGGUUACACUCCUGUUUCCAUUAUUUUGGAGCACAAGAAUUCCUUGUGCAUUAACUGUGCAUCCAAAUCUAAAUUAAUUCUAAAAGACAAUUUGAAGACCACUUAAAUUACCCAAUGUGUUCCUCCAAAUUUCUUCUUGGGAAGCUUUUUCUCAUGGUGACAGAAGGCCAAGUAUUGGGAACUAGGUAAUUUUUUGCAACAAGUUUCCUACACAAUGAACUUGAUCAAGGUUGUAAUAUAAAAUAGAAACACAUUGAUCCAUGUGCUUAUUUUGGUUGUAGUAAAUUGCCAUUAUUACAUCUGCAGUAGUUUUCAGUAGCAGUGAAUACACAGAUUCCAUGUUCUUGAAAUGUACAGAUUUCUCUAUAGUUUAUACUUAGGGGACUAAAUGGCAAGAUUUCCAUGUGAAUGUCUAGUAUAUUUGUUAAAGAGAAUUAUGCUCUAUAUAUCCAAAGUAGCUUUUUUCACACUAAGCAAAAUAUCAAUUGUUGUAUAAAUGCAAUCUUAAAAUUUUAAAACAGAUACUCUAUAGUUUCAGGAGUAAAAUGUUCAAUAAAACACUUAUUUAAUUAAAAAGUGCUUGUGUGAGUGCUUUGACACUGGUUUCCUAGGGAAUUGAUUGAAUUCCAUUAUAUUACGAUAUUAGGGUUCUAAAUUCUAUAUAUAUUUGGUAUAUAAACUUCAAAUACCCAACGUCUGGACAAUCCCCAGGGACCUAUGCAAGGGUCCUUUUUGCAGACUUCAGUACUGUUAUUCCAGUAAUUCUUCGUUCUAAACUGAUUCAGCUAACUGUGCCUGUCCAUACUUGUAAACAGAUUAUAAGCUUUCUGACAGAUAAAAAGCAAUAGGUGAAGGUUGGGAAAAUCAGAUCAAACACCCCCAGGGCUGUGUGCUCUCCCCGUUACUUUUUUCUCCAUAUACCAAUGACUGCACCUCUUAAAGAUCCCUCUGUUAAAAUAUUGGAUUUUGCAGAUGAUACAAUAGUCAUUGGUCUCAUGCAAGAUGGUGAUAAGUCUGUUCAAUGGGAGGUUGAACAACUGGUGCAGAUGGAACAAUCUGGAGCUGAACAUGCUUAAAACUAGAGAUAAGAGUGGAUUUUAAGAGGAGCCCUCCUAGUCUACUACCCCUUACUGUAUCAGACAACAGAGUAUCAACAGUAGUCUUCACAAUGCUGAACUGUUAAUUUCCACAGUUCUAUCUUAUAGCUAAGUAUAUUACUAAGUAUAUUUGUGAAUAAUUGCUUUAGAAUUUUGCAAUAUCACUGUAUUAGCAUACCUUGAGCAUUAGAUUUUAUUGACUCAGCAGAGCGGGAGGUUCUUCAGAUCAGUCAUUGAAGUCAUUCCCAGGACAUUUACUAUGUAAUUCAGCUGAAAUGUCAGUAUUGUUUUCCAAAAUAGAUAACACAGCAUAUGUCUAGAGAGUUCUGUGCAAUUUUUUGCUGAGGCAUUUGCUGUUACUGUUUAGGUACAGACAUGUCCAAUGCCAAUAUUAAUAUUUUGACAUCUCAGGUUAUUGUGAUUUCUAAUUAAAUAAGAAAAGAUUAAAGACUGUAAAUUAUAAUAAUAAUAGCCUUCUAACUAUAGUCAGCAUUUUACAGUGGAGAAUCUCCCCCACCAUUGACUCAUGUUUGAGGCAAGACAAAAGAUUCAGAUGGUAUUUCUUCUGGGGGAAGACAGACACCAUCCCUCUUUCAAAAUUUAUUAUGAAAGUAGAUAUGUAAUCAGUUAAACCUUAUUGGAAGCUCUGUGUGAUUUUGGUUUUUGGUUAGUAACUGGGUGAGCUCGACUCUAAUGUAAGCGCAAUGUAUAUGUUUUUCUAUUACAGAGCAGAAUGACCUGGUGGGUGGGAUUUUAUACCUGAAUGCCUUAAACCUACCUGCUAAAGACAGCUUGACUGAGGCAUGUAAAUUAAGCUUGUGUUUUACAAAAUAGGAUACCAGAAAAGUAUGCAUCAGAGAUAUCUUUGGAGACAUUUGUGUCUCGCCUCAUGGCAAGACGGCAACAAACAAAUUUAGUAAAUAAAAUAUGGGUAAAAGAGUGGGCAUACUUGGGGUCUUUUAGGCUACUUUGGUAUAGGAAACAACCAAUGAAGUUCUGCAACCCAAAUGGGUCUGUUGAAGAUGAGAAGACUUAAAUUCUGAAUUCCUCUGUUCUGUUCAAAUAAAACUUAACAGCCAUCUGACAUCCACGUUUUUGCCAAACACCCUCUAAUUGUACAUUAAGGCUAAGAUAGGAGGGGAGAAUCAAUUUCUGAAUCUGGGGGAAGACUGAAUUCAUCUAAGGCACAAAGGCUGGAUACAAGUAUAGCAAUGGGGUCCAGCUGCAUUAUAUAGAAUGCAUUAACUUGACAUUAGUGGAAAAGUAAAGGCAUAACAUAGAUCUUUGAUCCAAUUAAUAUAUUUACUGCCUUUACUCCUUGGUUUGGGAAGUCUGAGAUGAAUUUCUCAGUUUUGUGAUCAUACAUGUUUUUAGAUCAAUUGUCAACCUCAGGAAGAUUAACAGGAUUUGUUCAAGCAUUCCAGAAUUAGGCUGUAUUUUCAGGAUAGGUCUUUCAAUUGAGCUAAUCUAUUGUGUUAUGGUCUGGACAUGUUCAUUUAUGGCAGUUAUCUGUAUGUGGUAGGGAUUGAUUGAUUUCCAGGAAAAUCAACCCUCUUUGGUGUCAAGAAUAGCACUAACAUGCUAUGAACUGGGCGAUAGUGGGUUCUUUUUAAAAUUAUGAUUAUAACGCCCAGUUCUUUCAAAAUCUGCAAAAAUCUUUUUCCUGUUCAAUCUAGGAUGACUGAAUCAGUAUAUCCUAUAGGCAGGAGUGCAUGGGGAUAUGAGAUUGGCUAUACUGAUUACCAUCAAUACCUCAAGAGCUGUUGAAUGGAAGAUAAGGGGUACCUGAGAAAUAUCUAAAUAAACCUCUUGUCUUUCUUGAGAUAUUCUAUAUUGGAUGUUUUCAUCCCAAACCUUUAAUAUUUGAUAUGGCAAUUUAUACAUUACAUAUCCAAACUAAAAAAAUGUUCAGGAAUAAUGACGAAUGUGAAAUACAGUAUCUUGAAUGAUAUCUUUUUCUGUAUUGAGACAAGAACUUCAUUUUGUCUUAUGAAACUUGCGGGAGGGCAUAUAACAACUUAGUGUAUAUGCACUGUUGAACUCUACCAUGACACUUGUGACUCUCUUUAGAUUAUGUGUAGUUAUACGGGUUCAUUAUGUGGGCACAUCCCGUUAGCCUCCCGCCUAUAGAGUUUUUGCCACUCCUCACAAUUCUGAUGAUUUUCCCAUUCAAUCCUAAAAUGUUAUAUGCUUCAGGCAAGAAGAGGCACAAAGCAGGCAUGUGAGCUGCAAAGAAAAUAUCCACUAAUUGUGCGUCAUAGGAAUUCUUAAAUUGGAAAAAUUCUUAAAUCCUACUUUGUAUUGGGGGUUUUACAGAAUUUAUUAACCUGAGGUAAAUUUGCAUGUGUGAAUUCUGGGGCUGGCUAUUGGUGGCUCAUAGACUGUUCCCCUCCUUUCUGUCUGUUCUUUAAUGGAAUUAUCUAAAUUGCAUAGAGACCAGGACACUUCCAUUAGAUGUUCAGCUCUUUCCCGUCUGAUGGCAGCCCGGGCAUCGACAACUGCAGUCAGGAAUGGAAUACGGGGAUUGCUGCAGAACUUCUCCUCACACCUUGAGUUGAUUCGAUUAGGAAGACUCUAGGACUUUUCCCAUCCUUUUCGUCUCUUAUUAUACAGGGCAGAUACUGAGAUCAUAGCCUUCCCUGGUAGUCUCUGGGAAUAAAUGCUGAGAAAUUGGAAGUGAUGGUUCCUCUAAAAAGGGUGAAGAGAAACAAUACCUAGCAUGCUGGAUUUUUUUUUGCUUUCCACUGCCCAUGCUACCUAGCGAUGGCAACAAAUUCUGUAGCAGCUAUGCUGGUCACAUGGUUUGUAGCCAGUAACUCAGCAAUUAUGGUGUUGAAGAGAUUUUGGAAAUGAAGUGAGGCGAGUGCAUCGGCGUGUAAAUACAUACUAACUUUAUGGCCCAGACCCAGCUUUGAAGGAAUUCUGAUGUAUCUCCAGGUUGGACAUUAGGAGUUCUUGCUAAUAUGCUUUGUGGGCAUAUCAGUCUAGAAAAGGAGGAAAAUUAGGACAAGGGAAGAAACAGUCUGAAAAUAAAAGGUGUCCUAGACAGAGCUGAUGGGCAUAAAUGCUCUUGGGAAAAUAGCAGAGCCAAAUCUGGGAAUGGUGCUUUUAGAAACAUUAGUAUUUUCUCGCCUUGCCUUGUAGAAAGGGAGAUAUCCUACUGUAGAAUGUCUUGGCUCCAUUUCAUACAAAUUAUUUUAACACAUCAAUUUAGAAUCAUGAAACUGUUAAAUUCUAUUUCUUCACUCUGAUCUUUUUUGUGAAGCAGUUUAGUCAUACAUCUUCAUCAAAUCCAGCUCCUGAGUUUGGACAACCCAUAGAGUUUUAGAGAAUGGGAAAUGUUCAUCACAUAAUACAUUCCUCAGAUCAAAUCUGAUGUUUGUCAAAGCCAAGAUUUUUUCUAACAUUAAUCAUUAAUACUAAGACUCAUCUGCUCUUUGAAGCAGCAGCCAGACAUCCAGGUAAAUAAUGGAGUAAUAACACCCUUGUUUGUCUUUGGGGUUCUAACUCCAGAAAAUGCAGUCCAUUAUUGGCAAUUAUGGCAAAUCCUUAUUUAGUGUCAUGAAUGCAAGUAAAAUGCAUAUUUUGAUGCUGAAUCUUAAAAAUCCAUAGAAGAAAACCCUAGAAAUUCAUCUUACCAAUUUGCUCAGUCUUUCUCUCAACCCCAGAUGUGACAUAAUUACAGCUAUUUCUAUCUGUACCCUGAUCAAGUAGCCCUAUAUUACUGUUAGACAGAUUGGAACAUUUAAGAGAACCAUUUAAACUGAAAAUAUAGUAUAUGUAAUGUAGCAAAUAUUUCCAUUCAUCCUAAGGGGCUGUGCACAUGAGUAACACAUGACAUUUAUCCCAUGUUCAUAGAAAAAAAAAUCCAAAACAAAGCUUUAUUUUCAAAGCUUUGCUAACCACUGACAAGGUGGUAACAUAUACAAGUUUCUAAUUUGUUCUGGAUAAUAAUCACCAUCAUGGUGUUUAGGAUUGAAAAGAAGGAAUUACACUGUAACACUGGAUCAAUAAUAUAUAUUAGAGUUGAUAAUCAAUAAUUGUGUUUCCCUACUUGAGCCAGAUGAUCAUUUAAAACUAUAAAUUAGAAGAGAUUAUAGGGAAGAGAGAAAUGACAUUUAAAAAAUUAUUUUUUAAAAAAUCUUUUGGAACAGUCUAAAUUUAAACUUCUAUAAAAGCUAUAUAUUGGUGGGGGUUGAUAAAAUUCAUUGUAAAUGUUUGUGUAAAAAAGCAGGUAUCUGUGCAAAAAGAAAUUGUGAAUAUAGAGAUCAUAGCACAAAUUUCAUACGGAGCAAUGAGAAAACAUAUUUUCUGAUCUCUAAGUAAAUGUGUUGCUAAGAAAAAUAAAAAUAAUGUCACAGAAUGAUUUAAUAAAACAGUGGAAUUCUACCUCACCUUAGAAUAAUUAAGAAAGUUUUUAAAACAUCUAUAAGCUUGGCAAGGGAAAAAUAAAUUAAUGUAAAAUAUGGGAGGUUGUCUGGAUACCACGUUGCAAUCUGUGCUGGGCUUUUGCUUCCAGAAGUGGGUGAAGACCACCGUCCCUUUAAAAUCUAACUUACUAACUACUAAGUAACUUAGGGAAUACUUAAUGUCUCUUGCCUUGUUGUCUUUCUGCCUCCCUGAUCUUAUCAACUGAACAUUCUGAAAUAUUGCCAUUUCCAGGGUAGGUUUCAAUUUCUUGUAUCAACAGGGUGUAUUGAGACAAUAGUAAAAUUGCCCUGAUGUUUGAAAUACAUAGUGUUCAAAUCUGAAGGCUGAGAUGAGUGUGAUAUUAUAAUGGGAGUUUGCAAUCCAAACAACCAAAGAACCUCAUUGGGAAAGAUCUAAACUCUACGUUAAAUUUUGCAGUCAACUGUCCUGCAAAAGAAAAAGAAACCUGUUAUGUAAGUCAUACUGUGUCAAAUACUGGUACAGAAGGAGAAAAAGCAGCACAUCCAAUAGUUUGAAUGGCAAAAGCAAAUGAUAAAUAUUCACUAAUAAGAAGUAUGUAUAAAAGCAGGACAUUGGGUAUAACAGAAAGUAUAUAAUGACCUUUGGCAAGUGUUUUGGAGUUCCAUUUGCAUUAUUUGUGAAGAGAAUGUUGGAAUGUUGCCGUAUCAUCCCCACAGCCCUUUGAAACCAUGUUUGACACUAAAAAUGGCUUCUGAAAAUUGAUUCCAGUGUUUUUUGAAACACUGAAACAGCUUUAAGCAAAUCAAACCAAGUUCAGUAAAUAUAUCCUUCAGUGUUGAACUGGAUGGACCUUGUGAAUUUUUCCAUCAUGAGUUCUACUUAUUUCUAAAUAAAAUGCAAACAUCUGAUGUAGUUUCUAUAAAUAUCCAGCUAUUUGAAAAAGAAUUUUCCAAGUUCAUCUAAUAACGGAAGAGGGUAUUUGUCACUGAAAUUAGAAUAACCUAUUUUUAUAUACCAUUUCUGAUUUAUGAGGCACCCAUUCCUUUGGAAGUGAUUAUAAUAGACAGAAAUUCUCUCUUCUCCCCAGAUUGCAUUACUUCUUUAAAAAAAUGUAGAAUAAUCUUUAUAAAAGGGUUUUUGCUUUUAUAACUUCAACCCAUUUCACAGCUGUUUUAAAAGCUUUAUCUCCUAGUGGUAUAAAGAUGCCUUUUUGAAAAGAAAUAUUAACUUGGCAUGUGUAUUAUAUGUUCAGUCAUUUCAUACAGUUUCAGAUUUAGACAUCUAGUUUAUAUAAAAAAGAAGAUACUGAGGAGAAUGGGGGGAAAAAGAUAGCAGGCCUGACAUUACAGAUUUCUAGCUUUAUCAUCACAACAAUCUAGGAAGCCUCUGAGCCAAAUAUUAUAAAAGAAGAGAAACUGCUGAACCUCCAAGAUGAGCAUGCUCAGUGUAUGUGCCGGCACAGAAAACAAGGAAGUACAGAAGCGCAGGAAUCUACAUCUCACAAUGGCUGCUGUUUUAACAUUCCUUAACACAUAUAUGAUUUUUUUUUCUUUUAAAA